UGGGUGUCCCAAGUAAUGUCUUCCCCCAUGAUGGCGGAACUAAGUGUCGAGGGGUUCUGUUUCCGGGGGGAAGAGAGAGGGAGACGGAACAGUGGGGCACAUGGUCUUUUUCUUGGGAGGAAAAGGGACGGAGAGGAGCAGAGCUGUGGUAAUAGCUGACCAUUGAGAGAAAGCAUGGAGGAAAAUGACAAGAAACGGCAUAGCAAGAAGCACAGUGGACCAAAGGCUGGGAAGAAAAAGAAGCGUCACUUGAAAGAUUUAGGACUCGAAGAUGAGGAAGAUGCCAGGAAAAGAAAUCCAAAGGCCUUUGCAGUUCAGUCUGCAGUCCGGAUGGCCAGAACAUUCCACAGGACUCAGGAUUUGAAAACAAAAAAACAUCAUAUUCCUGUGGUUGAUCGCACUCCUUUAGAGCCUCCCCCAGUGGUAGUGGUUGUCGUUGGCCCUCCAAAAGUUGGAAAGAGUACCUUGAUCAAAUGUCUCAUUAAGAAUUUCACAAGGCAGAAGUUAGUUGAAAUCCGAGGUCCUGUAACAAUUGUCUCAGGUAAAAAACGUAGGCUAACCAUAAUUGAAUGUGGAUGUGAUAUUAAUACAAUGAUUGAUCUGGCUAAAGUUGCUGAUCUGGUUUUGAUGCUAAUUGAUGCUAGUUUUGGAUUUGAAAUGGAAACAUUUGAAUUUCUGAAUAUUUGCCAGGUACAUGGCUUUCCCAAAGUAAUGGGCAUUCUCACACACUUGGAUACCUUAAAAAAUAACAAGCAGCUUAAGAAGACUAAAAAGAGACUAAAGCACAGAUUCUGGACUGAAGUGUAUCAGGGUGCCAAAUUAUUCUAUCUCUCCGGGAUGGUACAUGGAGAAUAUCAAAAACAGGAAAUCCACAACCUGGGACGCUUUAUCUCUGUUAUGAAAUUUCGUCCCCUUACUUGGCAGACAUCUCAUCCAUAUGUUCUGGCAGACAGAAUGGAAGAUCUGACAAAUCCAGAAGAUAUCAGAAUUAAUCCAAAAUGUGACAGGAAGAUUUCACUUUAUGGCUACCUAAGAGGAGCUCACAUGAAAAACAAAGGCCAAAUACACAUGCCAGGUGUAGGGGAUUUCACUAUAAGUGACGUCAGUUUUUUACCAGAUCCCUGUGCACUUCCUGAGCACCAAAAGAAACGUUCCUUAAAUGAGAAGGAGAAGCUGAUCUAUGCCCCAUUAUCAGGUGUUGGAGGCUUAGUAUAUGACAAAGAUGCGGUUUAUAUUGACCUCGGGGGAAGUCAUGCUCAUCAGGAGGAGGAGGAUGGUGUAAGACCAAAUCAUGAACUAGUCCAGAGCCUUAUUUCCACACACUCAACCAUUGAUGCCAAAAUGGCUUCAAGCAAAGUGUCUCUUUUUAUGGAUUCCAAACCUUUAGAAGCUGAAGAUGUUGAAAACCAAGAAAUUUUUCCAAUGCCUAAAGAAGAAAAAAAAUUUGACCUGCUCUCUGGGAGGGUACGGCGGAAAGCAGUGUUUGAAGAUGAAGAAAAUGAAGAUGGAGGCAUUGAGGAAGAUGAAGAAAUGUCUGUGGAUGAAGAUGAGGAUGGAAGUGACAGUGACAAUGAUAGUGACGAAGGAGAACACAAUGAUAAAGGUUUUUCAGAUCAAGCUCUGAUUUUGCCUUCUGCCAGACAUGUUAAAAAAGAAACCAAAGAAGUAACACUAGCAGAACUACCAGCCUUUGCUGACAGUGAUGACAAUCUUGAGAUGAGUUCAAAUGAGGAAGAAGAAGAAGGCCUUGAUAAGGGCAGAGAAGAGACAGAUGGGGAAGGACAGGAGUGUGAGGGAGAGGAGAUAACUGAUUCUGGAUCUGCAGAUUUAGUUAAUCAAACUAUGCAUUGUGACAAAAAAGACAGAGAGUUAAAGAGUAAUAGAAAUUUGAGUAAAAUAGUAGGUUCUACUACAGAGUCUGGAAAUGGAACCAUUGAAGAAACAUUGGCAUGUGAAUCAGAAGACUCCUCCUUGGAAGAGGAAGGAGAAUCAAUGGAUGAUUCUGACACUGAGGAAUCUGACAGUGAAAAUCCCAAGCCACAAAGUACUGAUACUGAAAAACAGGAAUCGGAGUUUGUAAACUAUAAUGAUGAUGUUGAAGAGCUGUUGAAAGAGGAGGAGGAAUAUAAAGAAGCACCUGACUUUUCUGCAGACACAGCUGGUGCACUUAAAUGGAAAGAAGAUCUUACUCGAAAGGCAGCUGAAGCUUUUCUGAGACAGCAGCAGUCAACUCCCAAUCUCCGUAAACUUGUUUAUGGCACAGUGGUUGAGGAUGAGGGAAAUGAAGAAGAAGAAAAUGAAGAACUUGGAGGAUUGUUCCAUGUUAGCCGUCCUGACAAAGAAUCAAAACGAAAAGCUGAUGCCCUUGAUUGCUCCAAAUUCCCUGUUGAAGCGCCACAAGACUGGGACUUGGAUGAGGUUAGGAACAGUAUCAGAGACUGUUUUGUGACUGGAAAUUGGGAAGCUGAUAAAGAUGCAGCAAAACUACUGAAAGAAGAUGAAGAGUUAUAUGGUGAUUUUGAAGACCUUGAAACUGGAACAGUACACAAAGGAAAACCAGCUGAUCAAGGAGACGAGGGAGAAAGUGCAGAAGAAAAAGAAGAAGAUACCAAAAUUGUUGAAGAAGAAGAGGAAAAGAAAAAGCGCAUGGAUAAGAAACGUAAAUUGAAAGAAAUGUUUGAUACUGAAUAUGAUGAGGGGGAUGCCACGUACUUUGAUGAUCUAAAAGGGGAGAUGCAGAAACAAGCUCAGCUUAACAGGGCUGAAUUUGAAGAUCAAGAUGAUGAGACCAGAAUUCAAUAUGAAGGCUUUCGGCCUGGAAUGUAUAUCCGGGUAGAACUUGAGAAUGUCCCUUGUGAACUGGUGCUGAAUUUUGAUCCACACUAUCCACUUAUCCUGGGUGGCCUGGGAAACACUGAAGGAAAUGUGGGAUAUGUUCAGAUGCGCCUGAAGAAGCAUCGUUGGUAUAAGAAAAUACUCAAGACUCGCGAUCCCCUGAUAUUUUCAUUAGGCUGGAGGCGGUUUCAGACCAUCCCUAUGUACUACAUUGAAGACCAUAAUGGUCGUCACAGACUACUUAAGUAUACACCACAACAUAUGCAUUGUGGGACAACUUUUUGGGGUCCUAUCACGCCACAAGGGACAGGAUGUUUGGCAAUCCAGUCAGUCGGUGAUGCAACUCCUGAUUUUCGGAUAGCUGCCACUGGAGUUGUGCUGGACUUAGAUAAAUCUAUAAAAGUUGUGAAGAAAUUAAAGUUAACUGGUUUCCCAUUUAAAAUUUACAAGAAUACAGCGUUUAUCAAGGGGAUGUUUAACUCUGUAUUGGAAGUGGCAAAGUUUGAAGGUGCAGCCAUUCGCACUGUGAGCGGUAUCCGAGGGCAGAUUAAAAAGGCCCUGCGAACACCAGAGGGUGCAUUCAGAGCAACAUUUGAAGAUAAGCUGCUAAUGAGUGAUAUUGUUUUCAUGCGAACAUGGUAUCCCGUAUCCACUCCAGCCUUCUAUAAUCCAGUGACCUCCUUGCUAAAGCCUGUGGGUGAAAAAGACUUCUGGGCAGGAAUGAAGACAACAGGCCAGCUAAGGCAUGAGAAGGGCAUCAGACUGAAACAAAACAAGGAUUCCCUGUAUAAGCAAAUUGUGCGGGAGAAGAAACAUUUCAAUAAGCUGCAUAUCCCCAAAGCUCUUCAGAAGGCCCUUCCUUUUAAGAGCAAACCUAAGAUGCGAGAAGGAAAAGGGAAAGUCACAAAAGACAAGUGGAGACCAGCUGUUAUCAGGGAGCCUCAUGAGAAGAAGAUUGCAGCACUUCUCUCUGCUUUGAGUACAGUACAUAGCUACAAGCUGAAGAAAGCCAAACUGAAACACCGUCAGGAACUUAAAGAACGUCUGAAAGUGAAACAGAAAGAGGAGGAAGAGAAGCUUAAGAGGCAGAAGGAAGCAAAGAAGAAACUCUUCCGCAUUAUUGGACAGAAGGAGAAGAAGAGACAAAAGUCAAGUCUGAAAGGGAGUGCUGAACGAGAGAAGUGAGUUUCUUUUUGCAGUCUUUAGGAAGUGAAAAGACUUUCUGCUCUGAGGUUUUUCCUGGAAAGCAAGACUCUACACCCCAUCUCUACAAAAUACUGCAAUUGGUUUCUGGACUCCAGUGAACUUGCCUUAGAGGAAAUGAAGGGAAGAAAAUACGACAUUUCCAAACAGACAUCAGAUGUAAAUUAUUAUUUGUAGUGUUCACUGCAACAUGCUUAAAGAAUUCAAGUUCAAGCAUUGGACAUAGCACAGUAUCUGAUUAAUCAUUAAAGUAUUUUACAUAAUAUUUUCAAAUUAGAUUUAUCUGUGUUUACUGGUAGAUCAGUUUUAUUUGCCAUCAUGAAUACAAAUAUAUUUUGAUAAGCUGUA